AUGGGAUUCGGACUGGAGAUACUGCUGACAAAACUGGAACACAUCGAUCAUAAGCUGAUGGAGCUUCAACUCCAAAUGAAUCGUCUCGAGACGAAAAUCGGAAGCAGCCAAUACACUUACGGCAAGACAUCAACGUCAAACGCAACAGCAACAACACCGGAGCCUCAGCUACCUCUCUUAGCAUCGUGCCAGGACGCACCAGCAAACGUUUCGGGGUUGUAUCUCAUUCGUGUCCACAAUGAUAGUUUUCCCUUUGCCACGUACUGUGAGAUGGAGAAGUUUGGAGGCGGUUGGACCGUUGUGCAGCAUCGCUUCGAUGGUUCGGUUAAUUUUUAUCGGAACUGGUAUGAAUACCGCGUCGGUUUCGGUGAUUCGGGCAGCGAAUUCUGGAUCGGACUGGAUCUCAUACAUCAACUCACCACAGCUCGCAAGCACGAGUUGAUUGUCGAGAUAAUGGACAUUACGGGCCACUACGGGUACGCCCGGUACAGUGAAUUUCAGGUCGGUAGUGAGAGUGAGGAGUACAAGCUUAAAGCCGUGGGAUCGUACAGUGGCACUGCAGGAGAUGCGUUACAAUCUGGCAAGGGAAAGAAAUUCUCUACAAAGGAUCGGGAUAACGAUGGGAGAUCCGAUAUUAACUUUGCUGUUGAACGCGAAGGCGGUUGGUGGUACAGUUUCUACGGAGGUCACUCAAAUUUGAAUGGUCUGUACGGGAAUGCUAGCGAUGCCAAAUCAAUUUGGUGGUGGCAUUUCAGAAAAGACAUGCGAGGAUUGAGCUACACCAGAAUGAUGAUCCGUGAAGCCAAAAAAUGA